ACGGGAAGUUGGCAGUUGAGAUGGUCCUCCUGUCCAAGUUGACGCUGCCGGGCAACGACAAGCACGGCAAGCCGAACAAGACCCCCAUCACGCAGCUCUCGGCGUCUCAAUGCAUCCAGUGGCUCAACCCACGGCGUCAGGCGCACGGACUGGCCAUGUACAACGCCACCGCGAGCCACAAAUCGCCGACCGUGGAUCAACUGCGCAGUGAAAUCGUCGACGCCGUUCAAAACGGCACGUACAGCCACACCACCAUCCGCCCGUACGACGACGAGGCCGACCACCGGUCCAAGGGCGUUCGAUGGUCGCAGUCCAUGCCCAUCACGCGACAUCAUCUUGCCGCCGCCAACAGCAUUCCGUUCACAGAUUUGUGGACAGCUUCCUUCCAUGGUCGCUUGACAGAAGUGCAGUAUUAUGUGACUCAUGGCGUGGCAGCCGACACGGUCGAGUUUGGGUAUCCGCACCAGACCCCGCUGCACUACGCCACCUCUGGAGGCAACCUUGCCAUGGUCGAGUACUUGUUGGCGAACGGCGGCAACCUGUUGGCGGUCGACUCGAACGGCAACAGUAUGCACUAGUAGUAACUAGUAGUAAUCCUAGCUACUACUUGCUCGUACUACGAACAACUGGGUUUUUCUUGUGGUAGCGCCGGUGCAUUUGGCCAGUCGGUGGGGCCACCGCCACCUCCUCGAGCACUUUACCGACUUAUGCAGCGACGAAACUAUCCUCCAACGUCAGGCCUAGAGUGGGAAAAACCAUGUGGGACAAACUCCACCAGCUAUGGCCACCAACCAAGACGUUACUACGUACUAUUAACAGUGUUUAUACUAGCCAUACUAGUUAACGAGUACAUUACGUCAAUGCCGUGUACUUGGUGUACUCGGGGGACUUGGCUUGAUUGAACCGAGCAAUGUACUUCCACACAACCCCCAGCAGAGCCACCGACAAGACAGUCACAACCACAAUCUUAAAUGUCCAUGACGCCGACGGGCGCGGAGGGGUCAGUAG